UCUCAGGGCCUGGGAAAAGAUCCCGCAAGUCUUCACGAGACAGGGUGCUCAUCAUUGUCUCUGUGAUGUUUGCAGCUAUGAAAAAAUUGGAAGACAAACAUAGCAAGAUGAAACGGUGCCCUAGAAGUGAAACUGCAAGAGGCUCUUAGAAGUAUACACUUCAUUCAAAUUAGGUAGCUAGUGCUAACCAGCUUAGUAUAGAAAUGUAGAUACCUCAUUGGCUGCUGUUGUAUGUCAUAUAGACGUUACUAGAAUAACUAGAGCUGCCAUCAACUAAGAAUUUUCCUAGUGACCAACAAUUGUCAUUUGUCGCCAUUAGUUGACUAGUCUUCACAGUUUAUGAAUUCAGCGGGAACAAAGUGGCGCGAAAAUUUACUUGGCUUUUGUCUGAACACAACAUAAUAUACAACAUUAUCCCCAAAGCGCAAUGCAGUUCCAAGAAUUUUCCUAGUGACCAACAAUUGUCAUUUGUCGCCAUUAGUUGACUAGUCUUCAGUUUAUGAAUUCAGCGGGAACAAAGUGGCGCGAAAAUGUACUUGGCUUUUGGUUUGAACACAACAUAAUAUACAACAUUAUCCCCAAAGCGCAAUGGAGUUCCGACAGUAUUUUUUUGCUUCAAUUAGGCCUUUGCAUUACUCUGUUCAUAUAUGAUAAAUAAUAUUUGCAUACAUUACCCCGUAAAAUCGACACUGCGACAUCAUCCAAUUCUUCCAUGCCGUUAGCUGACUUAGAUUGUUAAUUAGCCCGCCUCGAUGUCUCUGUUCGGCUGCAACGAUACACAAUAAACACUGAAAACACAUUGAAACGUCGAGAACAUUCAAAGGGUGUGCGAUGUGAACUACAAAGAAUGAGCACUGGAUACAGCGCUUUAAUUUACUUGCAGUGAAACACGUCAAUCCAAGUUCAAACCCAAAUCGGUCUCAAAUAACGUUAGUUUACGCCAUGGUUUACCGCCCCACGUUCUCAUUUGCAGCAGCUAGCUGGCGGGUGUAACCAUAGUAACGAGUUUUUACGGCAGUCUUGCGCUACCGUACCGACCUUUGACCAGUUUAAACUUUACAGGCGUCCUCUUGCCUCUGACAUCUUUGCUUCCAACAUGAUUUGGCGUUGCUGCAUAUGCUACAUAUUGUGGCAUUGACUCUGAGACAACUUUUGAGUCACAUUAACACCAUGCACAGCCGCAACCCUGACUUUCGCGUCGUGUGCGGGAUUGAUGGCUGUCCAAGUGAGUACAGGGUGUAUAACUCCUUUUACUAUCACGUGAAGCGGACACACGUGCAUCAUCUUCUCCGAGUUGAAGCGGCGGAGGAGGAAGGACCGACUCGCCACGGUUUACCUGGAGCAGGUGAAUGGACAGCCGCAAACGACCAAACUAAUGCAAACCCUGUGGCUGAAACGGAGGGCUCAAGCAUCGUCAUUCCAGCGAGUGGAUUUCAAGAAGAUGGAGAGGGUCUCACGAAUGUUGACCUUUCUAAACAUGCAACUGCAUUUCUUCUUCAAGCCAGAGAAACCCAUCGACUGACACAGAGAGCUGUUAACCAUAUGGUGAGUGGAGUCCAGCAAUAUCAGGCCGCAUUAUUGGAGCACCUAAAACUGCAAAUGAACGAUAUGAUUGAGAGACAUUCUGGGGACCUGGAUCAACUAAAGAGUGAUGCAAUGGGGAUAUUUGACCAGUUUGUUGACCCUUUCUGUCAAAUUGCUUCCACCCAUUUGCAGGAUAAGACCAUCAAAGAACUGUUAAAACCAGUUGAACCAGAGAUUGUUGUCGCAAAACAAACAGUAUGUUAUGUGAAACAUGGAGACUCCAGAGUUCUUACCAUUAAGGACCAUUGUUUUCAUUAUAUACCGUUGGUGAAAAGUUUGGAGCAGCUGCUAUCACAUCCAAGAAUAAUUGCAAUGAUUGAUGAGAGACCAAAGACGUGCAAGGAUGGAUUUUUUCAUGAUUUCAUUGAUGGAGACAUUUUUAAGUCACACCCACUGUUUUUGAAAUUUCCCACAGCAUUGCAGUUGGUUUUAUAUACAGAUGAAAUUGAGCUAUGCAAUCCUCUUGGAUCUCGUGCAAACAAAAACAAUUGUUAUUGAUUUAUUACACCUUAGGUAACAUCAACCCUAAAUACAGAUCAAGACUUGCCGCUAUUCGUCUGCUUGCCAUGGUAAAAUCAAAAGAUCUUUCUCAUUGUGGUAUUGAUAAGAUAUUUGAGAGGAUUAACCGUGAUUUAACUGAGCUGCGUGAUGGUGUCCAGGUUGUCACUGCAAAAGGUGAGAGGACAAUUUAUGGGGCACUUAUGUCUGUGUGCGGAGACACUCUAGCUCAGCAUGAAGUGGCUGGAUUUAAGAUAGGAGUGGGAUUUGCCUACAGUAAAUGCAGGCACUGUGAAUGCAACUUUGAAGACAUGCAGGAGCAAUUUAAUGAAGAUUUGUUUGUUAAAAGGACAAUGGCAAGUCAUAACAGUCAAUGUAAUGACAUUGAGAAGACAAAUACUGACUUUCUGAAAGAAAAUCUAAAAACGACCUAUGGCAUAAACAGGAGAAGCAAAUUAACAGAAUUUCCUCACUUUGAUAUAAUCAAUCAAACCCCACAAGACAUCAUGCAUGUCAUUCUUGAAGGUGUUGCCCCAUAUGAAAUCAAAUGUGUUUUAAAGCAUCUUGUGCUUUCAGGACACAUGGACUUAGAUGCAUUCAACAGUGCAAUUAUUGGUUUCCCUUAUUCUCCUGUGGAUGCAAGGGAUAAGCCUUGCCCCAUAUCUGUCAAUACACUGUCGUCAAAUGACAAUAAAUUGAAACAGUCAGCUGGGCAGAUGCUGGUUUUGUUAAAGAUUCUGCCUUUUCUUUUUGAUAAAAUUGGAGAAAAUGAUUACACACAAAUGCUACUUAAGUUGUUAGAGAUAGUCAAAAUUCUGUUUUCACCUAUUAUUGCUCUCUCAACUCUUUCAAGGCUGAAGCUUUUAAUAGAGCAACAUUUAAAACAUUUCAAACAACUGUUUCCAGAUGCAAAUAUUAUACCUAAACAACAUUACUUGCUGCAUCUUCCUUCUCAGAUUAAGGCACUUGGUCCUACAGUGAGGCAUAUGUGCAUGCGCUUUGAGUCAAAGCAUUGCUUUUUUAAGCAGUGGGCUUUGAAAAGUAGUUUUAAAAAUAUCUGUAAGUCACUUGUGAAGCACAACCAACUUUAUGAAUGUAGUCAGAAUGUGCAUGAGAAACAUCCAAUUUGUUCAAGUGAAGCUGACAUGGGCCCAGCCUCUGAGGUGAAAAAUGUUCACUAUGUAGAAGUAAAGAUUAAAGACUUCUUAGGAAUAGAGCACGUUGAACAUAUAGUUUCAGUAAAUUGGAUUAUGCAACAUGGAAAUAAGCAUUCAUGUGGGAAAUCUUUGGUUAUUUCUAAUGUCAUCAAUGAUACUCCAGAGUUUGCACUUGUGAAAAACAUUUAUAUUUUAAAUGCUUCAGUGUAUUGUUUUGAAUGCCAACCUCUCUCUACAGUUGGGUGGAAUGAUCAUUAUUUAGCUUACGAGGUAGAAGUUCCCGACCUAGCUCAAGCCAAUAUUUUCAUGGAUGCUGAAAAGCUUGUUGAUUAUACACCAUACUACUAUGUAAACUUCAAUAAUAGCAAGUACAUUCCACUGAAGUAUGAUCUCUCAGAUAUCCUCAAACAUCAUUCUUGAGUGUAUUGAGUGUGGGUAUUUGGGCAGAUUUUUUUUUUAAGCAUUGAAAAACACUUAUUUAUGACAGCAUUUAUUUUUAUUUGUUACUUAAGUAAUAAUGUGGUGCAGUAUGUCCAGAGGGCAACAGAACAGAGGAGGUAACAUAAUUCCAUUUUUUGCCUCUGUCUUUUUUACACAUCACAUCGACAUGGUUUGAUGGAAAUGUAAGAAAAAUAGCCACACUGUACUGUGCAUUGUGAGUUGUUGUGAAUUGGGCAUGUUGACCUGCAGUUUUCAAUAAAGCAGAUUUGUUUUCUCAAUUCAAGUUAAGUCUAUUUCUUGAAACAAGACGAUUCAUCUUUUACAAAUAACACAGCAGCUUAAAAACCUAAUGACAUGUCAAAAAAGCUUGUUUAACCUGAGAUAUAACUCAAAACAAGAUGUUUUCAAGACAGUUUCACUUAACAAUAUAUUCAAGAUGCACUGUCUAAAAACAAGCUCCUUUAUAUCACUUAAAUGUUGCUCUUUAGGUAAUUUUGUCUUAUAUUAAGUGUGAUGAGAUAUUUUGACUAGAAAUUAGAAAAAUAUAUUUGGCAAGAUUUUGAGUUUUUG